UUGCCUUGUUUACAUUUUUUUAUACCUGGCUUUUGGAUAGUUAAGUAAACCUUCGAUUUACUGCAUAACAUGAGCGAUACUCCCACUGCUGAUGAGUGUGAGAAGCGCCCUCAGUUUGGCACACGUCUGCUCAAGGACAGCGACGACGUCUUUAAGCACAAUGCUUGGUAAAUAUGCGUGGAAAGGUCUACGGUGUUUUGCCAGCAAAACUUGGGAACACACGCGCCAGCGCAAGAAGCCAGCAGGUGCUGGCGGGCGCAUACUAACAGACGCGCGCGAGGUGUUCGAGUUUAAUGCAUGGGACCACGUGCAAUGGGACGAGGAGCAGGAGCUGGCCGCACAGGAGGCAGUUGCCAAGAACUCGUCCAGCAAGCUGAACGACGAUGAGCGGGAGCGCUUUCAGUCGGAUGCGCCCAAGUUCUGGGACUCUUUCUAUGGCAUACACGACAAUCGGUUCUUCAAGGACCGUCACUGGCUUUUCACCGAGUUUCCCGAGUUGGCGCCCCUGGACGCCAAUGAGCAGCAGUCGCGGAGCGUGUUCGAGAUUGGCUGUGGCGUCGGCAACACCAUCUUACCCCUGCUGCAGUACAGCGUGGAGCCGAAGCUAAAAGUCUUUGGGUGUGACUUCUCCGCCAGGGCCAUCGAUAUACUUCGCAGCCAGCCGCAGUUCGAUGCGAAACGCUGCGAAGUAUUCGUAAUGGAUGCCACGGAUGAGCAGUGGAAAGUUCCCUUCGAGGAGAGCUCGCAGGAUAUCAUUGUGAUGAUAUUUGUGCUGUCCGCCUGCCAGCCAAAGAAAAUGCAGCAGAUACUGGACAAUUGCUAUCGUUACCUCCGACCCGGUGGCCUGCUCCUCUUCAGGGACUAUGGCCGCUACGACCUGGCCCAGCUGCGCUUCAAGAGUGGCAAGUGCCUGGAGGACAAUUUCUAUGUGCGCGGCGAUGGCACCUUGGUUUAUUUCUUUACAGAGCCAGAGCUACGUGGCAUGUUGACCAAAGCGGGCCUGCAGGAGGAACAGGUGAUUGUGGACCGAAGGCUGCAGGUAAAUCGGAGUCGCGGCCUCAAGAUGUAUCGCGUUUGGAUCCAGGCAAAGUUCAAAAAACCUCUGGCUGCGCGUUCAAAUUCGUAGCCUUCUAAUCGUUAUCGUUCCUGUUCUCGACAUGUAAAAUGUGCGGCUCUGUUAAGUUUGCAGCAAAGCUUUUGGGGGUCUGUUAACUUUGCAGGAUCUGCAGAAGCAUACACAUAACAUAACAGUUAGGAAAGCUGCAAGUUUUCGCAGUUGGCUAAAAACGUCUUUCAGUCUCGCCGAGCCAGAAGAUCCCUCUGAGGCGCUGUCGUGGCAAGCAAGUGUUACCCACACACUCAACAUACACACACACUCACACACGCAUCUAGCCAAUACCCCCGCAACCGCUGAGGCGAGCCCGAGAGGAGUGAAAAUUCAUUGACGAUUGGGGGCGACAAAAGCUCAGGCAAAAGAGAGAGACGGAGAGAGAGAGCAAGCUAGUGAGCGAGAGAAAGAGCGCGAGAGAAACCUCGACAACAAAAAC